GCCUGUAGGUGGGUGUGUUUAACAGAAGGAAGCCCUGAGAACCCGCCUGUCAGCCAGCCUUUCGAGCUAAUUAGCUCAGCCUACAACAAAGAUAAGUGAGCCUGCGAGGAGGGCCCCCUGAGGGGUCUUUAGAUUUGGGAAAUGUCUGAUUGGCAGAUGUUAAAAGGGAUUCUUUGGUAAUCCAGUGCAUCAAUGAGCUGCACAAAUUCAGUCCAGGACUGCAAGAAUUCAGGCAUGAGGACACUGUGUGCAGGAGGCGUACACAGGCAGACCCGAGAUGGACAGAACCUUGGAAUCUCUGAGACACAUUAUUGCCCAAGUCUUGCCUCACAGAGACCCGGCUGUAGUCUUCAAAGACUUGAAUGUUGUGUCAAUGUUGCAGGAAUUCUGGGAAAGCAAGCAGCAGCAGAAGGCCACCCUCCCAAGUGAAGGUGUGGUGGUCUACGAGUCUCUGCCAUCCUCUGGGCCCCCCUUUGUGAGUUAUGUGACUCUCCCAGGAGGAAGCUGCUUCGGCAACUUUCAGUGCUGCUUAAGCAGAGCAGAGGCCAGGCGGGAUGCAGCCAAAGUGGCCCUAAUCAACUCCCUGUUCAACGAGCUCCCCUCACGCAGGAUCACCAAGGAGUUCAUUAUGGAAAGUGUUCAGGAGGCAGUGGCCUCCACCAGUGGCACCUUCGAGGAUGCGGAUGACCCCAGCACGAGCAUCGGCGCCUACCACUACAUGUUGGAGUCAAACAUGGGCAAGACCAUGCUGGAGUUUCAGGAGCUGAUGACCAUUUUCCAACUACUGCACUGGAAUGGAAGCCUAAAGGCUCUUCGUGAAACAAAGUGUUCUCGACAGGAAGUCAUCUCCUACUACUCCCAGUAUUCCCUAGAUGAAAGGAUGCGCAGCCACAUGGCCCUAGACUGGAUCAUGAAGGAGCGGGAAUCACCGGGAAUCCUCUCCCAGGAGCUCCGAAUGGCCCUGAGGCAGCUGGAAGAAGCCAGAAAAGCAGGCCAAGAACUGCGAUUUUACAAAGAAAAGAAAGAAAUUCUGAGCUUGGCCCUGACCCAGAUCUACAGUGACCCUGACCCUUCCUCGCCCAGCGAUGACCAGCUGAGCCUCACCGCCCUGUGCAGCUAUCACUAACAAGCCCAGGUCCCAGGGGCCCCGGGACUCUAACCUUAGGAGGCUCGUUGAAGGAGGUCCUCGGAGGCACCUGACCUGGAGCCACCCCUGGCCGCGCAGCCAGCUCAGAGGGAGAGAGUUGCAGGACUCUUACCGAAGCCCACGCCCACUCCAUCCGUUUUCCCAUCACAUACUCAGCCAAUCCAUCUCAGGAUGAAAGCAAGACUGCCUGGAAACAGUUUCCAGGGCUGGCUCCACUUGAAAGCCUAGCUGGCCUGCACCUUGCUAGAUUCUAAAUGUUGUUUCUAAGGACGGGCCAGUGUAGCACCUCCCCCAUAAGACCCCAUCCUCCAGGACUACAAGC